AACAAUCAAUUCUGACUAUAACUGGGAGGCGCUGUCAAGAAAAGAGGUAUAAAUAUGAAUCAGCAAGGUAUUUUAUCACCAGACAACUUUCAGUCAAGCCAUAGUGGCCGUAUUGGCAGUUUCGUAACAAGUUGAAUAACUUUAAACAAAAUAAUGGAUGUAGCGGACUAAAUCACAAUGACGAGUCUAUCCGAUGUGUUCACUGAGAAGGAAAGGACGAACUGGCUGAAGGCGUUGCUGGCAAUUGACAUUGCAAAGACUGGUUUAGAACAGUUCGUGGACAAUGAGGCGCGAGCCAUUGGCAGAACUGUCCGUCAUUCGCUUAAGUGUAAAGUCACAGAUCAAGGUCUCCAGGACAUCUUCACAACACUCACUAGUCUGCUGAAUGACCAAAUUUGUCUCGCAAAUGACGUCGCUGCACAGGAAGCUGUGAGGAAAUUAACAGAGUUGCAGAAUGAUCGCAUUUCCAUCGAAGAAUUGGGAGAGUUGUUAAAUGAGGCCUAUCGAACGCUAAAACAUGCGACAGAGGCAGGUGAAUGUAUUUUAUCCGCAGAGGCAGAAAGGACCUUUGCACAGGUUAUUUUUAAGCAUUGCCUGAAAGAGAAGACUCGGGAUGGAGAACAACCUCUUACAAGCCAGAAACAUAAUGGGCAACGACGCUUUAAACGCAAGACAAAAGCUGGACUAGAACUCAUACAACGCAAGAGUUACGAUGCGGAAGAAUGCCUUGAAAGCAAGAUUAAGGAUGGUACACAACAAAUUGAAUACACCAUGCAGGAUCGCAUUACAAGCAUGCAACAGGCAGCGAACACAACUUCACAAAUAGAAUACGAACGAGAAAAAGCAGAGAUACCACGUGCACACGCAACAGAAUAUGAACCUGUGUUUAUCGGUAUGGAAUACAAACUAGAGACCUUUCUAAUAUUCCAAUACAGCUUGGAGACAAUAAAAGGAAUAUGUACGAUAUGUAAACAGGACCUGCCAAACGCUUCACGGUGGCUUGAUGACAGAGUAGUUUCAGCCAAUAGUGUCCUGGUUUGCACAACAGAGGAGAUCAGUCAGAAUUUUCCAAUUGCUUCAAAGAAGCAAAAGAUUUCAACUGUUAAUUUAGCUGAAAAUAUAAACAAGGCUAAAGGAUUCGCCUUAGUUGUAAUUGAUACAUCACUACAAGAAACCGUGGUUGAAGCUUUGGAAACAUCAGACAUCCGCAAUACGGGACUUUUAAUUGUCGGUGAUGUUGACGAAUUACCAGCUCUCCCAAACGUUCAUUUAAGUCACACUCAGUCCAGUACGAUCUUAACAGAUGCCGACUGCUUGCUGGAACGUUGUGCCUUUGCUGUUCUGUCUAAAGUGUAUAUGGAUAUGAAGUUGCACUUUUCCAAUACAAGCCGAUCAGUUGCAGAACAAGAGAAACGAAGUCUGCGAGAUAUUUAUGAUAUGAUCAGCGCAUCUUUUAAGAGAAGCGGAGUUCCGAAAGAUGAAUGGCAAAACAUUGCAACAGAAAAAUUUGAAGAUCCUACAGAUAUCGACAUGGCAGUAGACAAUAUACUUGAGAUACCUGAUGUAAUUGGAUGCGAAAAAGCUUGCGGGGAACUUCUGAUAUACAUUCAAUCAUCUGCGGAUUAUUUUACGGAACAAAACAUCCGAAGCAAGCUUGAGAAUAAUAGUGUCAGCAAAUUUCAUAUCCUGCGUCGAAUAACGCAAAAAUUGUGCUGCACUGGCGAUUCAGUAUUCGGUGGCCGCGGUACUCUUGGAGGUUUUGUAAGGAAGAAGAUUUUACCAACUGUAUCAGUUAAAGACUCCGCACUUGUUCCAAUCGCUGAUGCUGCGUCUGGAACUUCAAGAGAUGACGACACGUUAGUAGCUCUUGUUUCACGCCAUUUGACUCAAGAGCUACGGUUACUUACUUGUGGCAAUAUCCAGGAACACAUUGGUUAUAUAGCUCCAAUAAGGUCUGAUGGAGAAAUAGACAUAUUACCAGUCGAUGUAUUCGAAACGGUCAGACGUAACUGUGAUAUAAGAUUUGCUACAGAACAUAAUGUUAUGAUGACGGUUACUCAUUUACGAAAGAAAAAUGAAAUACAUUCACUACGGGGCGCAAAUGUACACAUUUUGGGUGGAAGAUCCCGGCCUGGUCUAGGUAUUCUCGUUGGUCCUGAAUUGAGAAGUCGUAACAGCCUGAGGAUCAUUGUUCGAGAUCGCACGUGCACAGCACCUUUCGCGCAAGAAGGAGACAGCGGGGCCAUGGUGUGCUACUUUGAUCCACGCAACGGCGGAAUGCUCUACGCUGUAGCAAUGGUUGUUGAAAUUAUGCGUGCAGACGACGGUUCCAAUCGAGUGUACAGUGCUCAGGUAGUGGAUGAUGCUCUUCAAAAACUUUCAAUGUGGAAUGAAUGCGAGUACAAGUUCAUUGAAGACGAUGCAGAGUAACGAUACAACCACUGCCGUAAUGUUAAAAUUGUAAAUAUUGCACGACUGAAAACAACCUUAUAGAGGAUGCAAUGCGCUAUGUUUAAGCAUUACAUGUUCGACUAUUCUAAAGCAAUGUUUGCCAAUUGAUAUAGAAAACGGUUUGUAUAAUUUUUAAUAAGAAUAUGUUUUGUUCUUUCGUUCAGUAACCUGUUAAAAUCCGAAAGCAUGAUUUUAAUACUUAAAAUUCAUCAUUUGUAAAGUGUUUUUCUAUAAAUUAAUAAUGCUCAUAUUUGCAGCAUCUUGUAGCCAAUUACCAGUAGUAUGUGAUUGUAUUUUGUACUUGUGUUUGUUCUGUAACUGGUAUGUAUAACUUGACAGAAUGAACGCGUGUGUUAAUAUCGUGUUUGUUGUGCUUAAUUGCAUUUAAACAAUUUAAUAUAAGAGUGUGCUGAUAGACAUGCUAUUUCAAUUAGUAACAAUGUGUUUAUUUAAACGAUUUGAUGUAACCGUUUAGCAAUUUCUUUUUUUAUAGAUUUUCAACAUACAUCUCAAUUACAACAUGAUUGUACAUAUGGAUAAAAAUAACGAUUUUCGUCAGUUAUAUAUAUUCGGUUGCACAGUUAUUAAAAUUGUAAUAAUUGUAUUUAUAUGUUAUUGUAUGUAUGACAUUAUAUCAAUGCAAAUAAGUGAGUUAUUCAUAGUUCUAUCAGAUCUUAAGUGUGAAGGUCAAGGUCACACACUUAGGUCAAAUGUAUGAAAUUAUGGGAAAUUUAAA